AGCAAAGAUGUCAAGCACUUUAACUUCUGAGGAAUUUCCCCUGUGCUGCUGGGCCUUUUUUCCCCCUCCUUCCCAUUGCUGCAGUUACAUCAUUACUUUUUAGUCUUCUUUCAACUUUAUUUGAAUGGAUGUUUAAGGUCAAGAUCAGGUUGAAAACUAGAUAGUCAUUGAAAUUAUUUUCUACAGCCACAUUUGAUGAAAAAAUGUCAAACAAAAUGACCAAACGGUUGAAGCACAUACUGUGCUCAGAUAAAGUUGAUAAUUUAGCUUCUGGUCAUCACAUUUGCAGACCAAAUGGUACCGAGCAUGUUAGCAUUAUAAUAUUGAGCUCAUUACUAAGCUAACAGCCGAAGCUAUCCCUUGAAUGUUUGAAAUUUUUGGUGAGUUCAACACGUUAGCAUUAGCAUGGUGAGCUAAUUGCUAAACCAGCAACCGCAAUUAACGCUUGAAUGUUUGCAACGUUGAGUGAAUUUAGCAGUAGCAGCACACAGCUAAGACUUUAACAUUUGAAACGCCGUGCAAGUUUAGCAUGUUAGCAUUAGCAUGUUAAGCUAAGUUAAUAGCAAGAGUAAAAUGGAACCCAUAUUACAUGUUAGCAUAUUAGCGUUAACAUGUACACAGUCAGUCAAACUGAAUCCCACAAGUCACGGUAUUGCUUUAGUUUUGAAACUCCAAAUUUAAGAUAAAUUCCUCUAAAACUCAUCACUUUCUUUACGUGUCAAGUCCGACACACACACACGUACACACCUGUGUGUGGUUGUGGGUGCGCAUGUGUGUGGGAGAUUCCUCACCUUGUGCUUCUGUGAACUUUGGUGAUUUAAAGGAAAUUGUCGACCACAUUUUGACACUUAAAUCAUCACAAUGUGCAUGCGUGCGCGUGUCAUCUUUUAAAUGUGAGCCGUCGCAGACCAGUCAACACUCGACCCGCUUCACAUCAGCAUCAGCAUCAGCUAACCCAUCAUCACCGGCACCAAGUCAGGGCCCGGCUCAGGAAUUGAACUUGGAACGCACACGCACAUGCACCAGAGUUGAGUUGAGGAUGGUUGCCAUGGCGAGAGCGAUGCUUGGAGUGUGCGUGUACUUGUGUGUAUGUCGGGUCAGGACCUCUCAUGUGCCCGCAAGGAUGAACAGAAGCAUUCAGAACCUACUGCAGCUCUAUAAGAUUCCGCCCAAAGAACGUUUUAACGGCCGACCCGUCUUCUCCAGAGAACUUCUGGGCACCAAGAUGGAGGCCAGGGACAUGCUGAUGUCGGCGGUGCUGCAGACAUAUGAGGAACUGCUAAGAAACAUGUUGAAGCAGCUGUCGGACCCGACGGCGUGGACCACCGGCGCUACCGCGACGUCCGGUACGGGUACCGGCGCCGGCGACCCCGAUCCCGUUCCAAGCGUGGAUGCCCGGGCCGAGCUGAGCUACCUCCUGAGGCGCGUGCAGGAUCUGAGGAAGUACCGAUACCAGGCCCAGGAGAAAGUACUUGAUGGACUCCGCAAGCUCCAACACAUUCAGAUGGACAACCUGGCGGUCCAGAGCAAAGCAUUGUGGGAGCUUCCUUGGCUGUACGAGGAAGCCAGCGCAUUGGUCGAGAGCGGCCGAGAGCGGCGUCGGCGGCGCCGGAGGCAAACGCCGCGACGCCCGCAAACAGUGACCUCAUCCACAUCCAAUCAUAACUGACUUUAUUUAUUACAAAGCUCAGACACACACAGCGUGUGUAGUUAUUUAUGAUGCUAUUUUAAGCUUUAUUUGUCAUUAUUUAUGAGGUAUUUAUUUCACGGAACAUAAUAAAGAUGCUAUGGUUUUAUUGACUGCUCACACGCUUCCAUUGAAAGCUCACAAAAAAACGAAAGUGAGGACCACUGAGGGGAAACACACACACUAGGACUUCUCAGAAAAACAAUGAGAAAAGUUCCACCGGCUUGGUAAGAAGGAAUUCAGCAGCACGCUCGACAUUUACCAGAAGAACCCUCACAGGAAGUUAG